AUGAGCGAGGGCAGCAGCAGUCUUGUUUUGUCGCGCCGUGAGCUGGGGCUUCACCCACGCAGGCGCCGGACCAUUGAUGGGGGCGGUGAUGGCAGUGACAUCCAUGGGCGCUCACCCAAGUCAUCGGCCACGAGGCGGCGGCCGGACGAAUCGCUGUCUGGACGGCUUCAAUCGAGCUUUGGCAAGAGACGGGGCAGCGGCGGUGACCUCGACUACAACAGCAAUAGCAAUAGCAACACCAUUACCAAUGCUGCUGCCGGCGACAAGAAUCGCAAAAUCCCCGCGGCGCAGGCGCCCAGUGGAGGCGAAGCAGCGCGAUGGCCUCCAGCCACCACAUCAGACCGCGAAGAGCUUUCCCACCAGGAUGCCCUCGAGCUCAUUGCGCGCGGUGCGCCGACCUACAAAGGGCGCAAGAAAUCAAUCCCCUACACAUCGGACCAGCAUUAUGCGCUGUACGUGACGAGCUCCAAGAGUCGAAGAGGGGGCACAGACGUUGCAAAGCCGCAUGAUGCCAUGUCGCAUCUCAUGACAAUGAAGAUACAGGCGCACGGGCACGUAUCGUACCCCUGGGAGACGAUAGAGCAGCCCAGCUAUGCCUUCUUCUAUGGUCGCAUAGGCGGCACCGUGACGCUCAACCAGUGGGCAGCAGCAGCAAGCAACAUCCCGUCCAAGAUUGCGCUGCGAGACUCGGGUGUCAUACCGCGGCCGGUAACCUUGGAGCAAAUCUUUGCGCGACUGCAAGAUUUGCAGCAGCUGGGGCUGGAAGAUGAUGACUUGGGCCUCUUGUAUCGAUCUUUGUACAAGCGCUUCUUGCGAGAUCCUGACAAGAUUCUAAGUCCACACAAGACGCUGGAUAAACAGAUUGCCGACCUGAUCAUGACACUGUCACGCCCAGACUGGAUCGAUUACACAGAGCCAAAGAAUCAGGUUGUGACUCGUUUCAUUUUCAACGGCACAAACGAGGAACACCGAGAGCAGUACCACAAAUUCUUCCAUCAGCUGCUCCUUAGUCUAGAAUUGGAGCUUCGUAUUCACUCGCGGCAUCAUGACGACUGGGCCAAGGAGAAGCUGUUACAGCAGAUGCCUCCUACAAUCAAAUGGAACUUGGCGCUCGCGAGACGGUGGCGGGAGAAUGUUCGAGUUGAAGAGUACGGCGAUUCGCCCACACAAGUAAAACUGCGGUAUAAGCUGAAGAAGCGCCAAGUAAAGCAGCUCAAAAAGUUUGCUCAAAUUAUGAAGUGGCCCAACUUGAGAGAAACAAUGGAAUGCCUAAGACAGAAGGAUGAAGAUUUCGCUCUAGAUUCCAUAAGCUCGGAUGCGUUUGCCUACUUUAGCGGCCUUGUACUUCCUGGCCCGACAUUCUCGUUCCUCAUCAUGAACUCACUCAUCGAUCUAGACCCGGAUCCCGCCACGAAUGAGCUUGCUUUGCUGUCACAUAUGCACCCACAAUGUGGCUUCCAGUAUCGUAAUAGUCAUACAUACUGGUCGGCGAGCUGCAUUGUGGGUAAAGUGCUGGCACCGACAUGUCAUUCGGUGGCAGGCUGGGUUGGCCCUGGUAGGCCUACGGUAGACCUUGGCAGGUCUCAGAUUGCUCGUAUCCGAGCCCGGCAGCCGAAGCAGAAAAUGGCCCGAGAGGACGUAGAGAGCAUGAGCACAAGGUCCGAUGCGUUAGGGCCACGGGCAGAUACAUAUCCUGUGCGCGAGUACAAACUACCUACGCUUGAUAGCACGAGGUACAUGGUCGACGCGGUACGGAUGGAGCUACUGAGCUUCAAAGCUGUCUCCACGGCAGCACACGAAAGCAAUGCCGUAGGUCCUCGACUCUUUGAUGCCCAGGUCCAAUUCGCCAUUGAUGGUGUUUCCUGGCCGCUAAGAUUAAUGUACGACGUGAGCUUUGUCUCGGCGUGGCCCUGCGCGGAAGGCCCACACCCCCUUUUUUACGACUACGAGUAUCAGCUCAUCAAGGCAGACGAGAUUGUAAAAGUGCGCAACUGGGGCGGUCUGUACGGAGACGGUCAAGUUUCUGGGCCUAGUAGCACAGCGUCGAGCCCUCCACCGGCGGCAGACGUGGCGAAAGCCAUUGUCGAUAGGGACGUUGACGAUGAGAAGGUGCUCGUGGUAGAUGCAGUGGGAGUUCGAGACAAUGAAGUGCUGGCAAGGGCUUGGUGCGCUCAUUGGGGGCUCAGUGCAAUAGUGGCGGAUGUCCACAACACAUGCCUGGCGUGUGCUAUCAGAGAAGCAUAUGCGGCGACAUUGACGGUUGUGAUUCUGGUCGAAGACCAGCCACACGUUAUUAACGAAUAA